AUCUGGGUUAGCCAAUAUAACGCAACUAGGUAUAUAUGUAUCACUAUAGCCACUGGCGUCACUGCCUUGUUUGUAUUUAUAUAACUUCGAAUUGGCUUUGUUAUUCUCGCCGUUUGCCAUCUCAGUUCUCAGUAAGGACUCGCAUUCUCGCGAGAAGAAAGAAUAUAUAGUUUCCGAUUCCGAGUGCUGGUAUAGCUGGCAGGUAUAUACAAUAACGCAGUUGUAGCGAAAAUGGAGCAGAGAGAUAAGUGUCCACAGUGCAAGUUUUGUUGAGCUGAGAGACCGAAAAAUAUGGAGAGUCUACUUAUUAGUCACCGGUGAGAGCGUCGAUUCUAUCAAAAGCAACGUCUGAUUUUAGAGGAGCGUGAACUUAUUAGCAGUGAUUUGGACGGCGUUGUUUCUGUUACUUCAGCUUGACAGGAGGCAACCAUAAAAUAUGCAUUGUGCCAGGCAUCCGGAACUUCUGAAGAUUGCUUUCGCAGUCUUCAUUGUAAUUCUCACUGUUGGGUCUUCCAAAACAGAAACCACACCUCUAACUCCAAUUAUUAUUCCAGCUAAUUAUAGUUAUCCUUAUACAUAUUCUCUUAAUAAGUCAAUCGAAUAUGUCUUUCUUUAUAGUGAAAAUACUGCCAACGUGGAAAGCGCUGCCAGGAUUGUCGUACAAAGUGAAGAUGCCAAACCAAGUUAUCCAUUGAUUGUUGUUGUUAGGCAAAAGAAAGGAAUACUUUCUUGGCAGAUUCCGCUUGAAGUUGAUAACAAAUACUUGGAAAAUCCUGUUCUUUACAGCAAUACUAGUAGAACAUUAUGUCCAGCUAAAUAUUAUAAAACCAUUAAUUUUGAUGAUUCUGAUGAUCAGUAUGUUACUGUUAGUAUAUCCACCGCAAGUUCGAAAAAUAUUACUUUCAACUUAAAUCUUACUCCAGUUAACAACUUUUAUAUGAGAUCUGAACAGACAAGACAAUUCAGCAUUACUCCAUCACAACCAGUUUACUAUGGAUAUGAUUUCAAAGGGCUGACUGAUAGCUCAUCUGUUCUUAUUACAGUUAAAUCUGAAGACCCUGCUUGUAUGACAUUCUCAAUUCAAAAUACAUCGUGCCCUGUUUUUGAUUUGGAAAGAAGUAUACAAUAUGCUGGGUAUUACCAAACUGUUAGUAAUCAAGGAGGAAUCACAGUACCUGCAAAAGCUUAUCCAAAAGGUUUCUUCAUUGUUUUGGUUGUAAAUGCUGAUGACUUUGAAUGUUCAGGAAAUUCUUCUAUUCAUUAUAUUCGUGAAAAACGAGUUAAUAUAACAAUUAGCAAUAGCAUUACUAUUCAAGAUUACAUUGUAGCUUCAUUCUCUGCAUUAUCAAUGAUUUUAACAUUCUGCUUCGCUUAUAUUAUCGGUGCAAUAUGUUGUAAAAUUCAUCGUACUAGAAAAUUACAAGAACAGUCAAUUCAAGAUGAAUUUGGCCGUUUUCAGCAAAAUAGUAUUGAACCUGACGCUCAUACUUCAGGUUUUCAAGAGAUUGGUGAAGCUGUCCAAAUCUCUCUGGAUGAUGAUUCUUCUCUUGAUGAGGAUGAUAUUGAUCUUAUGGAGGAUGCAUAUUGUGAUAAAGAUGUUGUGCGUACAAAACUUGUACUUUCUGUUUGCGAUCUCGCCAGAAAAGAACCAAAAAUACUUCGUAAAAAGUCUCGCCUUUACAUAUAUUACCUCAUAACUGUGGCAAUUUUUUAUACUGCUCCAGUAGUUCAAUUAGUUGUAACAUACCAGAAUAUGCUUCAUGUCACUGGAAAUCAAGAUCUGUGUUACUACAAUUUUCUGUGCUCUCAUCCAUUCUAUGCGCUAUCAGACUUUAACCACGUGUUCUCCAAUUUGGGAUAUGUUUUACUGGGUUUACUUUUUAUAUUUAUAGUUUGCAUGCGAGAGAGAUUUAGCGAACACUCGCAUCACAUAGAUAGAGGAUUUGGAAUUCCUCAACAUUAUGGUCUAUAUUAUGCUAUGGGCUUUGCUUUGAUGAUGGAAGGUGUGCUAUCUGGCAGUUAUCAUUUGUGUCCAAAUCAUAGCAACUUUCAAUUUGAUACAAGCUUCAUGUAUGUCAUUGCAGUACUUUGCAUGGUCAAAAUUUAUCAAAAUAGGCAUCCAGAUAUUAAUGCUCAAGCUCCUGUAACAUUUGGAGUUUUAGCUGUUACCAUAUUAUUAGCGCUUGUCGGAGUUCUAGAUGGUGAAUUGUACUUUUGGAUAUUUUUCACAGUAAUCCAUCUGUCAACCUGUCUAUGGCUAAGUUCACAGAUUUAUUACAUGGGACGAUGGAAAUUUAAUGGAGGCGUAUUCCGCCGAAUGAUAAUGACGAUGAGACACGAUGCUCGUUCUGGAAUAAUAUAUCUUUUCCGACCGCUAUACUGGAGAAGAUUACUUCUGUUGGUCAUGGGUAAUUUCUGCAACCUUGGACUAGCAGUCUAUGGUAACAUGCAUCACCGUCAAGAUUUCGCCACGUAUUUGCUCAUGAUUCUCAUGUCGAAUCUUAUACUCUACACAUUCUUCUAUAUCGUCAUGAAACUUUGCCAUGGAGAAAAGAUUCUCCUUCAGCCACUGCUUUAUAUUGUGCUGUCUUUUGUGGCCUGGGGCGGAGCAUUAUACUUCUUCAUCAACAAGACGAUAUCGUGGGCUUUGACUCCGGCGCAGUCACGGGCGCAUAAUCGACCUUGUACUCUGCUAAACUUCUACGACUACCACGACAUUUGGCAUUUUCUCUCGGCUUUGGCCAUGUUUUUCUCUUUCAUGGUGCUGCUGACUCUCGACGACGACCUCGAUGACGCGCAUCGCAGUCUCAUUUCUGUCUUCUAGACUGAAGAAAGUGAACCGCGCGCGUGGUGCAAUUGUUAUUCGACAAAAACAAUAAUGUAUUAUAAUAAUAUUUAGAGAGCAAAGAGUCUUAUAAUGUUACAAAGAAAGUCUGUGAUCGAUUAAAUGACUGUUUUAUUAUUAUGAUAAAAUUAUGAAUUUUUAAAAAAAUUAUAGAAUUUGUAUGCAUAAAGAGUUGUGAAGACUUUUUGUCGUUGUCUUUUUUAGGGUCAAUUGCUCGCGCUAUCUAGAUCAAAGCAAAAAGAGAGUGAAAUUUAAUAGAAAUAAUAAUUAGUUUGUUUUUUAAAUCUUUAAUGGGAAAAUAACUCAUACGCUAGGUCAUUAUUAUUCAUGUGUAUAGUCCAAUAACACGUGACGAUGUAAAUAUUCUUUUUAUACUCGCAUGAAAGCAUACAAAAAUAAAAAGAAAAUUAUUUCAAGUUU